GGCACGCAGGUGAAGAGGGGUGGCACGAAGAUGUGGCCUGCAGCCACACUGGGCAAAGUGCUUGGACUGCUGUCGAAGCCCUUUCCCCCUAACCCAACCGGAGAGCAUCAUAGCGUUGCCCUGUCUGUGGGCGCCUUUGGGAAGAUUAAGAUGGCCCAAUCAAUACCAAGAAAACCAGCUGUCACGCUGGGCACGGCAGCCGCUCUGGCCCUUUCUGACCGGGGGACUCAAGCCAUCCCGUCUCUAAGAGGCGCCGCUGGCCAGCUGCCCCUGCCACAUGUGCGGGAGUGAGGGGUCCAGCUGUGCAGUGGGCGGUUCCGGCUCCGGGAGAGGCCGCCUGGGCUAGACCCGGGCCUCCCCCGACGGGUCGCGGCGCCCGGCCGACCCUCACUGCGCCUGGGCUGGGGUUCCCACGCCCGCCGGAAGUUGCGCAAGCGGCAGCGCGCGUUACCUGAGCCCCAGGUGGGCCGGGCGGGAGGAGUCCGCCGCGGCGGCGCGGGCGCAGCCAGCCGUUGCCUGUGUCCAGCUGCUGACAUUCCGCCCGGAUCCUGGCCUUCCGGUCGCUCGGGGCUCUCCGACCACAGCGCGCAGGGUAUGUAACAGCCAUGCCGGUGGACACGCUGACUCCUGCCUCCCGGGACCCUCCCGCCCCCCAUUUCCGCCUUCGGACCAAGGUCCCAGGUUACCUGCUGCGGAGGCCCACGGAUGGAGGCGCCCGGAAGCCCAGCGCCGUGGAGCGCCUGGAGGCCGACAAGGCCAAGUACGUCAAGAGCUUGCAUGUGGCCAACACCCGCCAGCAGCCCGUGCAGCCGCUGCUGUCCAAGCAGCCCCUCUUCAGCCCGGGGACUCGGCGCACGGUGCUGACUCCCAGCCGGCGAGCUCUGCCCGGGCCCGGCCGCCGGCCCCAGCUGGACCUGGGCAUCCUUAGCAACCUCAUUGACUUGUGUGAUAGUCCCGUUUCUCCCGUCGAUGCCAGCCGUACCCCUGGAAGGGCAGAGGGAGGCUGCCAGGUGCCCCCAGCCACCCCUCCACGUCCGCCGCCCAGCACCGCCGCAGUCCGCCGAGUGGACGUCCGCCCCCUGCCUGCCUCCCCUGCCCGGCCCUGCCCAUCCCCAGGCCCUUCGCCGGCCGCCAGCCCAGCCAAGACCCCUGGUUUGCAGCGCUCCAAGUCGGACCUGAGCGAGCGCUUCUCCAGGGCGGCCGCGGACCUGGAGCGCUUCUUUAACUUCUGCGGCCUGGACCCCGAGGAGGCGCGGGGGCUGGGUGUGGCCCACCUGGCCCGGGCCAGCUCCGACAUUGUGUCGCUGGCAGGGCCCAGUGCUGGGCCGGGCAGCUCAGAGGGCGGCUGCUCCCACCGCAGCUCGGCUACGGUCGAGGGGGCCCGGGAGCGCGUCCCCUACGGGGUGUCGGUGGUGGAACGCAACGCCCGCGUCAUCAAGUGGCUCUACGGGCUGCGGCAAGCGAGGGAGACCCCUGCGGCCGAGGGCUAGGCUCCGUGGCACCCCCGCUAAGCCACGGGAAGAGCCCGCAGCUCGCGGGGGGCCGAGCAGAGCACGCAGCCCUGCAGAAUUUGGAACGGAGGCAAAGGCUCCAAGGCAAGCCCGCUUCCGUCUGGGCAAGGACCAUCCCUGGAGAGAGUUGCCUGUUGCCCUUGGGCCACCCCAGCCUCUCCCGUGGAGGGGUUUGGACACGACUGUACCCCUGCUUGGUUGCUCUCUGGGUUGAGCUUCAGGUCACUUGGAUUCAGAGCAGAAGCCCUAGCCCUGGCGACCCAUCAGCUCUGCUCCCUGCUUCCUUUUCUGUGUCUGCCCUGGGCCGACUUCCCCUGGGGGCGCUGGCUCCCGGGGCCGUGGGGGAAGGGAGGAGUGGUCCAGCCAGUCCUGGCAGUGCAGCCUGGCCUGGACUGGAAGGGAGCUAACCGGAGGGACCGGAAGGAGGCUGCAUCUGGAGCAGGCUCAGCUCUGCCUUCCCUUCUCUAGGUUAAUAAACACAAAUGCUUGUUUUUCAAGG